UAGCCUUCACUUAUUCCCUUCCCCUCCUUUCGUCAUUACAAGUUUCACCCCCAUCUUUUAAUCAACAUCCCUUUCUUUCCGAAUUAUUUCUAUACUUCUCCUUGGUAUACUACUACAUACCUCCGUCCCUUAUCAACGCUCCCCGUCUCCAACUCUUACUGUCAACACCGCCAUCACCAUCACCAUGCAUAAGCCUUCACUGGCCCAAAUAGUGCACAGCACAUUAUUUCCGCGCCCGCGCGCGAGUGACCCGGCUACAUUCUCAGCACAUAUUACCCGCAACCUGGUCCCCGAAGUUCGAGUCGAAACAUCCACAUUCUAUGGAUCGCUUGACUGCCCCGAGGCUCAGUAUCCGGGACUUGACUAUUCCUAUGGUCCACACCGCAUGAGGCUCGGUCGUUUUCCAUGGCACCGAAGACUGUUCCGGGCGUUUGACGAGCUUGGUCUUACGGAGACUGAGAUCUCUUCCCUCUGCCGCUGGGAAGGCACCAAAUCGGCUCGCGAGCGUUACGAGAAGGAAGAGGGAGUCAAAGUCCGCGAUACUACGGCAGACAAUAUUCGACCCGCUUCUCCUUCUCCCCUCCCAUCGAUCGAGGUCCACUACGAGGAUGAGACGGAGGAGGAGGAGGAGGAUGAAUUCUUGCCAGAACCGGAAUACCCGGUGGUGACAUUCGAGACCGUGCGCUCUACCAGCAGCUUGAUCGAUGACCGGGGGAUCGAUUGCAUUGUGGAAGAGAAAGAGGAGGAAGAUUCAAGCGAUGACGAAAUGGAAAGCUGCGGAGUCGAGCUGAACCAUCGCCUCAUAGCGGCGACCGCAGCCCGCGAGCAGGGGGCAGACGUGUCACUGGACGAGGAUUGGGAGCAGUGGCUGAAGGAAGCCGGGGAGCGAGGGAGCUACACCGACGUGCUCAGUGCGAUCCGGAUGGGUCAGCCACUGGGUUAUCUAUACGAUACGUCUCCUCCAAUGCCGCCCGUCGGAAGGGUCGGCGGUCGAUCAUCUGCCUCACUUUCAGAGCCAUUCGUUCUCCCCACCCCGUCCAUGCUGUCCAGCCGGGGUAUCCAGCGUUAUGCUCAUUCGUCGUCACGGACAGCCCGAUAGAACGGCAGUCGACUGCGG